CCUCAAGCAUAGCUCAAUUGAGUGACCCUCAGUAACUGUGCUAUUUCGCUGAGAUCGGGACGUUGGUGCGGUUUCGCUUGCAGCCAAAAUGUCAUCCUCAGAAGAGAAAGACACUGCUAACAUUCCAGAAGAUGCAGAAGAAGCAAGUGAUGACUUCAAAAAACCUGAGGUGAACCCGUUGCUCGCGGAGGAAGCCAAACUCAAAGCCAAGUACCCCAAUGUCGGCCGGCCAAUGGCUGGUCACUCAGCAUUCCUGCAGAAGCGUUUGCAGAAAGGGCAGAAGUACUUCGACUCGGGCGACUACCAGAUGGCGAAGCAGCGCGGCCCUCUGAGCAAGAUGCGCGGCGGCGCCCAGUUGCGGGUCACGCCCCCCACCGGCGAGACCAUCCCCACGCCCGAGUCGCUGCCCGCCCGCAAAACGUCGCUUGUGCAGAACAGUAAGACGCCGCUGACCUAGGGGCGCGGCGCGCCGCGUGGCCGCCGGCGGCGCCCGGUGCGGCAGUGAGGCGCGCCACGCGCCGUGAGCGGUGCCAGAGUUCGCCGCACGGACCGAGAGACUGCAGCUGCCGCGCGCUCCGUGCCGACUGUCGCCGCCGCGUCGCCCGCCGACUUUUCUGUAUACCGUGUACGACUGGUCAAUGAAAGGUGUCUCUCCGCGUGUGUUGAGCUCGGUGCCGCGCUCUCCUAGCCGACUGUAGAAAAUGGCUGAUACGCUGGAGAUUUUCCGCCCUUGCUUGCACUCUGUCAAAGGGAUUCUUACGUGAUUUGGCCCCUAAGUCCAUUGUGAUGUUGGCAACUUCGGUGAAAUAAAUAACUGUUCCAUCCGCGUCGGUGAAAUAUGUGGACCCGGUUUAGUCCGCAACGCUUAUGUGUGUUGUAAUGGUCAGCGCUUAAAGUGACUAC